UUUGGUUUGUUGUGGUGACAGAGCCGCGAUGAUGUGAAAGGUUAGCAGCGGUACACCACACCCUGAUGAUUCAUUGACUACAGUCAUGUAAUUUAAGUAAAUCUUGAGUACUCUCGGUUAAGUACCUAGAGUUAAUCAAUAUGACUCCAAGGGCCGUUUGUCUCGUUCUUGUGGUGAUUUUAGUAUGUUCAGAAAUACCACAUACAUCUCAGGAGUCUGCAGACAUCCUUGUAGGCUGUUUCAAAUCAGGAACUAUAGCUCAAGAAGCUAAUACAUCUUUCCACCCAUUGAAUAGUAAUGCAGGUGAUAGUGUAAAUACCUGUGUUUCAGCAUGCUCAACCAACUUCUACAGAUAUGCUGCGCUUCAUAAUGGUCUGAAUUGUAGCUGCAGCAGUAAUUAUGGAUCUCUUGGAAUAGCAGAAGAGAGUCAGUGCAAUAAACCUUGUCGGGCGAACACAACUCAGAUAUGUGGUGGGGAAUAUGCUAGUACUGUUUAUGAUACCGGCCAGAAAGCUCCGGGCCCACCUACUCUCCUAGAGGUUUUCAACAUAUCUCAACAUGGAUUCCGUGUCUCCUGGUUACCGCCUGCUGCUCCUAACGGGCCACUCCAUUCCUACACUGUCACUGCAGAACUAUUGAAGACCUACAGUCGCCUUCAGUUGUCCCCUGUAAUGUCUUGGACCUAUUCAGCUACUGUCAAUAGUGCUGAUGUCCUUGACUUACAUCCGGGGUCUGAGUACCGUGUUAAAGUGCAAGCUGAAUCUGAUAAUGGAGAGGGUGUUCCAGCUCAGCUCUUUGUAGGAACACACGUAGGAGACCCGGAUAUUCCAAAUGAACCAGAAAUUAUUCAAAAGCUGGUAUCUGAAGGACAAAUUCUAAUUAAGUUUACUGAGGGGAUGUCAGAAAAUGGCCCGGUUACAGGCUACAGAGUUGUUGUCAUCUGUGGAAUAGCUGACUUUGAACCUGACCUCCUCGAUUCAUAUUACAAUGCUGAAAAGAAAGGGCUCCCAUAUUACAUUGCUGCCAGUUUAGGACCAAAGGCAUGGACUCAGAACUUCACUGUAGGAGAUGGUCACCGAUAUGGAGAUUAUGACAAUGUUAGAUUGCAUUUUGAUGAUGCUCGGUGCAAUGAAAAUGACAUACAAAUUGCCUUGGGUGUGGUGAGUUCUGAUGAGAAUCACACCUGUAUUUCAUACUCAUCUUUGCACUCAGAGAAGAGUGUAAAAAUAAUCAUGCCUGAACCUAAAGAAGAGGGGCUUGAAAGUGGUCUCAUUGCUGCAAUAGUUGUUUGCAGUGUUUUAUUGGUUCUUGUUGUCAUUGCAUACUUUGCUGCAAGACACUUUGCCCCUCAAAGGCAAGGUGCAUCUAGGAUGGAGGAUCCACAGGAAAUGUGUCUGCAAGGACCUAUGAUUGAAGUGGAAAAUUAUGGUUAUUUGGCUGAAGAAGAUGAGGAAGAAAACAGAACUGACCAUUAUGAUCGAUUAAAGAAAAUUUUGUGGGACAUACCUCGCAACUUUUUGGAUAUCCAAUCAAAUAACAUCCUAGGAAGGGGAGAGUUUGGUACUUUUAUGAAGGGGACAGUUCUCCAAAAUGGCUAUCCAAUACCUACUGCAAUCCACUGUAUUGAGGAUGGAAUGCUCUCGGCAGCCACCAAGCGUAGCAUGUUGCAAGAACUUGCUCUCUUAAUUAAUUGUGCCACUGGAAAUCAUUCUAAUAUUAUUCGUCUAGUUGGAACCUGUGAGAGUCCAGAGAUGUUGUAUGUUGUCCUUGAAUACCACCCAGCCACUCUUAAGGAUAUUUUGUUGGAAAGCAGGACAUUGGAACGUCCAGGGUAUGACAGAGAUCUAUCCUCUGUGUGUUCACUUCCUCAACAAGCGUUUUUACAGAUAGCCAUUGGCAUAGCACAAGGAAUGGCUCAUUUAGCCAACAACAAAGUUAUUCACAAACAGCUUGCAGCUUGUAGCAUCCUCAUGGCAGAUGGAAUGGUCCCUAAAAUCACAAAUUUUGGAAUUGCAAAGUGCAACAGAUCUCAAGUGGUAUCUGACUUCACACGGUGGACUGCGCGCGAAAUUUUCCGAAGUCAACAUUUCACAGUGAAAAGCGAUGUUUGGGCCAUGGGAUGUCUUAUGUGGGAAAUGGCAGCUUUAGGGGGAACUUUAUACAGCAAUGUUCCUACUGCAGAAGUAGCUGCUCGUGUUAUGAGAGGUCUGCGUCCACCUCAUUUGAGUCACGUGUCUGAUGAACUAUACCAGCUAAUGUUGCAAUGCUGGCAGCUGGAUUUGGAUGAAAGACCAGAUUUUUCUGAAAUUUCCGCUAGUCUAUGUGAACUUAUUAACAACAGUGAGACUCAUCUCGACUGGAAUGUUGUGCCAGGGUUUCAGUAUGAGCAAUACCUAUCUGAGCUAGAAACAAUCAGACAGAGGUAGUAGGUUUCCUUUGUUUAUGCAUUUCUGUCACUCCUGUUAUACGGGGCCUGUGGCUUAUUCAACAAUGCAACUUAACACAAUGUGUUUUUUUAAUAUCCUGUUUGACUUUGUCAUGGAUUUUAGUUUAUCACUUAUGUUCUGCUAGCAAUUAUGUUAACCAUUACAAUGGCCAUGGUGUGACAAGGUUACAGCACGUUGUAAAAAACAGCCCCAAAAAUCAAUACUAUCCAAUGUGUUCAAAUUCAUGAAAUCGCACUGUACUUAUGUUAAUAUAGUAUUACUGUAUACAAGUUUUUUUUUGUAUACCGGCAAAUUUUACUGCUACGCAACAAUGCGUAAUUCCAGUAAAUUUUUAUGUUGGUAUUUCUAGAAAUUUUAGUUGCCUUUUAUCUUGUCAGAUUAUCUCAAUUGAGUUGGAUUAGAAAGAGUAUUACAUUCAUUUUUUCUGUGAUGGAUUCUUCAGCAGAAUAUGAACUUCCUGAGUUGUAUGUAUUGAGUUUAUGUGGUUAGAUGUAAGACAAUAGUGCAUCAUCUUUAAAUAGAUUACCUUAUGUUAAUGCACUAAUGUGUCAGUCAUACAGUAGUUAGUUUUCAAUGACAUGAUUGAAAUUUGAAAUACUUUUGAGCUCAUAUUUUUGGCCAUACUCAUGAGACCAGGUUGAGACUGAUUUAGGGUUAUAGAAAUAGAAAUGCCAGUAUUUUUAAGUGCUUGACAGCAACAGAAGAAAAAACAAACGAACAUGUAUUUAAUUGACGAAGUACAGUAAAAUCCACUUAUCAAAAUUGUGGGUCUUACUGUAAAUUUAUAAACAUGAUCUGAUCUUCUCUGAGUGUGGAGAAAAAACUUAAACCAUGAGACUUUUUUAAAAACUAAAAUACCGUCCAAAUAAGUGUGUUUUUAGUGAUAUUUUCAUCUAUUUUAUUGUUUGAUUUUAAGUAAGAUUUAUUUUACAGAUGUCGUUCUUUAUAGCACUUUUAUAAGACAUAGCAAACGGUGUUACAUUUAAAACGAAAUGAAUCUCUAUACUGCCAUUCCUUAGUUCCCUUUACAAUGGGAAAUGAACUUAAAUAAUUUCAUCGGGAAGCGUUGUGCUGGAGUAUUAUAUCUGAAUGAUAGCAUUUAUCAGUUGUAGGAUCAAUAGGGGCUUUCUCAAGAUAGGUGUAGCCUAUGAACACUGUGGUUUUGAAAUACAUUUUUUCAAGGAGCACUUUCCAAGAAA